GCUUGAAACAUCAUUCCACAAGUGUAGGCUAUUUGAUUCCCUCUUUUCCACAACUUCGUUUUCAUAUGGAUCUUAAUUCUUUCAAGUGAUUGAAAGAAGCCUCUGUUGCCUUUGUCUUUUCACUUCACUUCUCUUUCUCUCACUUUUUUUCUUUUCUUUUCUUUUAAUUUCCUGGUCUUGCAUGCAACACAUUAAUGUUUUCACGUCUUUUUUAUAAACCCAAUUCUCACUGAAAAAGAAAAAAAAAAAAAAACAAAACAAAAAAAACUUCUUUUGAAUUGACUAGACAAUCAGGGCUUUUAUUUUUUAUUAUGGUUGUUUGCUGUCUUCGUUCUGGUUAUGGACUAAUCGCAACAUGAUGUAUCCUGUUUGAAGUGGAGAAGAUUGGAAAAGGAUGCCCUAUUAAAGGGAAGGUGAUUGACUUGAAGAUUGAUAUAGUAUUCCAAUUUUAGAGAUGACACCACAAAAAAUACGAAAGAAGAUGUAAGUCAACAAGAGGAAGGAUAAAAGCAUGUGUAAUCCGAUUCCUGAUUUUAUACUAGAAUGUAUUUUCGACUCCCUAAAGGAGAUAGUUGUAGUUGGAUGGAAGAAGUAUGCAAGCAAUCCGGUGGACUAUGUGUUGAACAACAAGAAGAAACUUAAGGAGCUAGAGAAAGCCAUAAAUGAUCUCCAGGAGGAUAGAAACAGGGUAUGUGGAAAAGCCGACGAGGAUGAAGUGCGAUUCGGGAGAGAAGUAUAUCAUGUUAAGGCAUGGUUGCGUCAGGUACAAGACAUAAUCGAUGAAUAUCGUAAGUUGGAAGAAGAUAGGAAAAAACACUUUGUGGCGUCCUACCUAAAUCCAAUUCAAAGGUAUGGCUGGAGCAAAACAGCACAAGAGAUUAAAGGGACGGUUGGAGAGCUACAAAAUGAAAAGUGUGAUAUUAUUAUAUCUUCUUGGCAAGAUCUAUCAUCCAUUGGUGUUGCAACUUCUGAAUUUGAUUAUAUACCUUUAAAAUCAAGAGAAACAACCAAGAAAAAGAUCAAGGAAUCGCUAGAAGACCCUAAUGCAAGAUUGAUCGGUGUUUUUGGGGCAACUGGUGUGGGAAAGACCACUUUGGUAAAAAGUGCUACUGCUCUGUUGGAAAAGCCGAACGAGUUCGAUGUGGUGAUAACGGUUAAAGUGACAAAAUGUCCUGAUAUAAAAAGGAUACAAGGCCAAAUCGCUGACAUGCUGGGAGUGAAGUUUGAAGGGGAAAGUGAGCAUGCAAGAGCAAUCACCAUACAAGACAAGCUUAAGAAUGAGAAGGACAACAUCCUUAUAAUCCUAGAUGAUCUAUGUGCAAAAAUAGAUCUAAAUUCAUUGGGGAUUCCAUCACCAACCGAUGAUCUUGGUCCUCUUCUCUUGACAAAAGGUGAAUCUUCUGCUGACAAACAAACUGAUGGAGCAGAUAAGGAGAAACAAAGCAGGGGUAUUGACUGA